AUGGCGUCUCAAAGCAGCAAGAAAACUGCAGUGGCCAAUAGCCAAACACUUAAAGAGUUGCACUUGAUCUCUUUGACAAUCAAUCUUGUCGUUAUCUUGGUCCUAUUCGUUCUCCACAGACCUGCAAGUAAAUGGAAGUAUUUUUUGCUUUCACUUCCAGCUUUAGGGUGUGAAAUGGUGUUGGAAAGAAGUGGAAGACCACUCUAUGCUAAGGAUACAGUCACUGGCCUGAUUAAGCUCUUAAAAAGUGGAGAUAAUAUCAAAGGUCCAGGGUUAUUUGAGUAUAUGUUUGAUUGCAUCUAUAUCACUUGGAUCUGCGAUGUAUUAAUGGUUUUAUUUGGUUCGAACAAAGUGUGGUAUCUCAUUUUAAUUGUCCCAGGCUUUUUGGCCUACAAGAUUACCUCAGUUGCAAAGUCUUUCAUGGGAGGCAAAUCAAAUGUUCAACCACAUAGUCCAAGUGACACCACCAGCGACAGCGGUACGGGAGGAAAGAGCAAGCGUCAAGCAAAGUUAGAGCAGAGAAGUCAAAAACAGCAAAGAGUUCGUGUGAGAUAA